AUGAACGAAAACUCACCAGAAAGAUCUUCGGGGGUCCUUGGGGCCCCCAGAAACAGUGGAUGCUACACGGGAGCUCUGCCGCGUCCAGCAAGCGUUUGCAACAACAGCGGCAGCAGCGGCAAGAAAGAUGACAAUAGCUGCAGAAACAAAGAACAUGGAAAGAAGGGCCGGAAUUGCUGUCCCUCUGCUAGCAACUGGUGGCUGCUGCAGCCACUGCUACUUCGGGCACAGCAAGUGUUCGCCGCAGUUGAGUUUGAACUACAGCAGACACUGAAGCAGCAGCAGCAGCAUAUUGCUGCUGCUUCUGUCAGAGAUCUUCAAGCAUUUGCUGAUCUCCUUUCUUCCCUCGUCUGUAAUCAGGACGGCCAAAUUGAAUUGCCGCGCAAGGAGGCUUUGGAAGGCCCCUUGAUGGAGCAACACUGCGAGGGAGAAAAACUAAAAGCUUUCAGCAAUGCUGCGGGCUGCUACUCAGAAUCAACAUCAGUGGCGACACGAGAAGAAGCAACAAUAUUCACGACAACUGGAGCGGCUGCGACGCCAGCAUUUGCAUUGCUGCCCUCAUCUGAAAGAGCGACUUUGAAUACUCUGGCCCGUAGACUGCACGGAAGUAAAUCCCAAAAACAGCAGCAGCAAGGGCACUUUGACGAGCAUGAGAAUUCUCCCAGAAAAUAUCCGGUAGAGCAUCGUCGGGAGAUGGAGUUUCUUGGCAAUCUACAAGGAGAGAAAAGGCGAAAGACCCCGGGCGAUAUGAUUGAAACUUCAACAGACCAAGCCACGGCUGUUGCUCCUGCUGGUGCGGCCACAGCAACAGGUACGCAUCAAAGCAGGCGAAAGCGUGGAAGCCAUAGAGGUGAAGGCGGUACUGUAGCGACUGCGGUGCCGGGUACUGCCGAGAAUGAAGCAUUGGUUCAAAUAUCUACUGCUGUAACUUCAGGCGUUCCAGAGCCAACUGCCUCAGUGCCACCUCCUCCGCCUCCGCCUCCCCAAGGACCAGCAGUAAUGACAGCGGCGCCCCCCACGACGCCUUCCACUGCUUUGUUCCCACCUCCUCCGCCACCUCCUCUGCUGCCUCCGAAUUCCAGAGAGACCAUCCUGACAACAGGAGGAGCAACAGCGAAGGACUCACGGCUGUCAAAUGAUAGCUCUAUGGCUGUUCCGGGCUUAUCUUCAGAGACUUUGGAGGCCUUGACGGGCCUUGACGAGAAGGAGAGAGAAGAAACGAUCGCAAUUCUAAAUGCAUUAUCUUUACCGUCUCUCAUGCCGCUCAUCGAACAGCAUAGAGUAGACCCUGUAGAACUCGCUGCAACGGGUGAUCCAGUGGCCCCAGGAGCAUCGGGCGAUUCAGAUCCAGAAUUUUUGGGGGACAGUCUAAGAAGGUGUGACCGACAGCAGACGCAGGAGGAGCAGCAGCUGAAGCAGCAAAACCGGCAGCAGCGCCAUUCGAAACAAAGCAGCAGAAGCGUAAACAUACAAGAAGCUUCCCUUUCUUCUGCAGCACCUGGCGCGGCCCACUGCCGUGUGCAGGGUACCUCAAGCUUGUCUACCUUACGACCAGCAGAACUUCCUAGAGCUUCUGAGGGCUCUGACGCGGAGGAAGGAGAGAUAUCUGACUGUGGCUGUGAGGCGCCACCGGCUUUUGGCUCUUCCGUGGCACUUGGAAGUUCCCCUCAGGGGCAAGCCGGAGGGUUUGGCAAGGCGCAACAACACCAGCAGCAACUAGGAAGAUCUUCAGCUCCAACUUCAGAGCAGGUUUCCUGCAACCGCAGUGAUAGCAACUACAGGGGCGCGGAUGACACAGAAGAGGUUCAAGACGUUAUUUUAGGGCCAUCAGUCUCCUGCCAUCCCACUGUUGCACAGUGCGCAGGGCCUCCAGACCCGAGUCUGCUCGAUGCUUUGAUUGCUGCGAGGCCCCUGUCAUCAGAGGCCGUUCUAUCAAACCUUUACAGCUUGAAGAAGUGCGAGGCCGCCCGCCCGCAGCCGCAGACUCAAAGAAAGCAGAAGAGAAGGACACAAGAGGCACAACAGCGGCAUCGCCAGAGGUGGGCUGAAAUCCAGCACAGAAGGGCUCAAGCAGCAGCCAAGAGGCAACAAAUGAAAGCAAGCGCCCUUGGAAGUGAAGAAAACGUCGAGCACCCAUAUUCCAAGUCCCCGCUGCAGCCUUUGACACCCUUUACUCCAUACUAG